AACGCUUCCAGCCAUGAUUCGUUGUCACUGUACGGGGGAAGUGUGUCGAUUGUGUUCUGUUGGAUACAGCUGUGUUUCAGAAAGUCUGGAUUGUACAAAUUUCAGUGGAUUUUUUUUUUUUUUUUCAGAGAUAGAUCUACUGUCAAAAACUAAUUCUUGUGGAAAUUUGUAAUUAAAAAAAAAUGUUUUGCAAAUUUUGAGGUGUUGUCACUGUAAAGUUGCCAAAAUUGUAUGAAUGGGACGUUUUCAAGUUGUGCUGAGUAAUCUCCCUUGCUUUUAGUGUCCUUCCCCCCCCCCCUUUUUUUUUUUAUUACUAUUCUUACCCUUAGAUUCUACCUGUGUUCACCCUAUCGAAAUGGCAGUAUAGUUGUCAGGUCAAGUGAUUUGAAAAAGAAAGAGACGCCUUGGAUUUAAAAUGUGUGCUUUCGUAGAGAUCUCAGUGUGUUAAUUUUGUGAUCAGUGUGGAAAUUAAUUACAGGAAUUUGUUAUUCUUAGUAUCUAUAUAUUCAUAAUAAUCUAGAUCUCGAUUAGAAAUAGACCCAGAUCUAGAGUCUAUAAAAAGUGAAUAGAAUAAUGAAAAAAUGCAAUCAGACGAGGUAAUAGAUCUAAAUUCUAGAUCUACUUCUACGACUUGCUUGUAUGCCCGCUUAUCUCCAAGACAAAAGCCCAUUACUGGAUUGAGCGAAACCAAUUCAAAAGGGCCAUGCCUGAACUGUUCGUCAAUAUCUCUUGUAUUUUUACUUCUGUGGAAUAUAUCACCAACGCACAGCUAUGAAAUUCACCACCCAGUGGAGGACUCAGGUGGCACAUCAUUUUAUUUAAAUGCCACAAUGCCCAGUGACAACUGGCACUACAGCUGGAAAAUACCAGAUCUAGAUCUAUCAAAAAAUAUUAAAAGUGUGCUUCCAUUUGACAUAAUUCACUCUUCACAUUAUGGAGUUUACACAUUACACAGGAAGGUAGACUGCAAUAGAUUAAAUCAUAAUCCAGUACAGUUAAAUGUCAAGUCAGUCAAAUCAGAGUUUCAUGUAAAUAACUUUACAGUGAAGGCAGCUGUUGUGGUUCCAUAUUAUGUGUUCCUGAGUGGGCAUGAUUGCCAAGUCUUUCACAAGGAGUGGCAGAGAGAGAGAUUGCAUGGACAAAACGGACACGUUGCAGUGACAUUAUUGAUACCUUCUGCCUCUCACUUAAAUACAUGUUUCAAAAAGGGCAGAACUGUGACAUCACUGUACAGCUUCAUACCACUCCAGUAUCAUGCAUGCAAAGUGCAGGUGGUUUCACUCAGCCAGGAUAUCUUCAUCUCUGAUCCUAGUUUAUUUUUUUCAUUUGGACAAGACAGGUGUUUGGAUAGACAGAUCAAAGCUAAAUUCUUAGUCACUGCUAUUUGUUCUGACUCAAGACACAUUGUUCCUUAUACAAUAACUUUGAAGGAAGUGAAGCACAUUUCAAUGUUCAGCCCAUCUCAACCCAAAUCCUUACCUCAAAUAGUUUCUCAUCAAACUAACGCAGCUGAAAAGUUUCAUCACAGAGAGGCUUCACAUUCUCACGAUUUACCUCAAAGAUUUCCACGAAGAGUUAAGCGUCAGGUAAAAAACAGGCCCCCCACAUUUCCCCAAGCUCAGUACAACACACAUGUGAAAGAGGAACAGGAUCCUGGAUUGUCUGUUAUUGUCAUCACAGCUACUGACCAAGAUGAGGGCGAAGCUGGUAUGCUUGUCUACAGAAUGGAAGCUUACCAAGAUUUAAGGAGUUCUGACAUGUUUGCCAUAAACCCUCAAACUGGCCUUGUUAACACCACCAAGAAACUUGACAGAGAAACCAUGACAACUCAUGUUUUUCUUGUUUAUGCCACAGACCGCGCUUUACCAGAAUCUGAGCGAAGAAGUGCCUCAGUAUUACUAACAAUUCUUGUGGAUGAUGUGAAUGAUCACACACCAACAUUUCCAGCAACAAAUGCAAGAAUUGAAGUCCCUGAAAAUGGUGAGCCAGUGAGAGAAGUCUACAAGGCACAGGCUGUGGAUGGGGAUAGUGGAAACAAUGCUGUGAUUCGAUAUAGUAUUUUAAAUGCUGGACAACCCAAUGAUAUCUUUUCUAUUGAAACUCAGUCAGGCUCAAUAUCAACUCGUUCAUCCCUUGACCGUGAAAAAGUUUCGUCCUACAAAUUGAUCAUCCAAGCCAUGGACCAGUGCGAUAUUUUAAAUGACAGAAGAUCUUCCACUUUCACUCUGUCCAUAAAUGUACUUGAUGAAAAUGACAACAGUCCUCAAUUUACGCAGGACAGUUACGUGGUUAACUUACGAGAAGAUCAACAAGUGAGCUUAACGAAAGAGAUUCUAAAUGUAACAGCGAUUGAUGCUGAUGAUGGUUUGAAUGCUCAGAUUUCAUACAGGUUGGCUGGGCAGUCUCAGGACAAAUUCAGCAUUGACAAGUACACAGGUAAAUUGUUUUUGAUUGGUCAGCUUGACUAUGAAGACACACCCAGUUACCAACUUGUCGUUUGGGCUGAGGAUCAAGGAACGCCAUCCAGACGAAAUUCCACUUCUGUUUUUGUUCGUGUGAUUGAUGUCAAUGACAACAGCCCAAUGUUCAAUGAAAUGUCAUACAGUGCAUCUAUUGAUGAAAAUGUGGUUAUUGGCACAAGUGUUGUUCAAGUCCAGGCUGAAGAUAAAGACAGUGGGAACAAUGGGCUUGUGGUUUACUCUGUCCUUAACCCCCCAAAGCUGUUUCCAUUUCAAAUUGACUCGGAGACUGGCUGGAUUAAAACCUCUGGUCAGGUUGACAGAGAAACUCAAUCAAUGUACACCUUUGUAGUCAAAGCUCAGGAUAAAGGAGACCCACCUCUGAGUGCCACAACAACUGUGGUUAUAACUCUGAAAGAUGUAAAUGACAACUCCCCAGUAUUUCAGAGAAGGAUGUACAAUGCAUCUAUAUCUGAGGAGGCACUUAAAGGUGAACAGGUUAUAAGAGUGUUGGCCACUGAUGCAGAUGAAGGUGACAAUGCUAGGGUGACCUAUACGAUUGAUAGAGGCAAUGACAAAGAUUCAUUUCAGAUAAAACAGACCCAGGGAGAAGGCAUCAUCUCAGUCAAUAAGAAACUGGACGCCAGGGACCAGAACAAAUAUAUUCUGACCAUCUCUGCUACAGACAAAGAUGGUAAGAGUGAUACAGUUCUUGUCUACAUCGACAUCCUUGACACCAAUAGGUUUGCACCUGAGUUUCAGACCAACACAGGCUACAGCUUUGAGGUCAGUGAAGAUGUGGACAUUGGAACUUCUGUUUUCUCUGUUGUGGCUAUUGAUAGGGACAGGGGUGAAAAUGCCAGGAUCACUUACUCCUUGCAGGGCUCUUCAGUUUUCACUAUAGAUCCAGACACAGGUGUUAUCAAAGUACAACAGAAGCUGGACAGAGAAACCGUUCCUGCAUACAUGCUCACAGCUAUUGCUACAGAUAAUGGAAAACCUCCUUUGAAUGAUAUAGCAGAGAUAGCUGUUACUGUGAAAGAUGUCAAUGACAAUAAGCCAGAAUUCCAGAAGAAUAAAUAUUUUGGAAAAGUUUCUGAAGAUGCACUUGUGGGUACGAAGAUUCUGAAUGUCACUGCCAUAGAUAAAGAUGAUGGUGUCUAUGGGCAGGUCAAGUAUACAUUUGAUGGUGGUAAUGAUGGCAAUGGGGCUUUUAGCAUUGACAACCAAGGAUGGAUUAGACUUGCUAAGCUUGUUGACAGAGAGACCAUUGCAGCAUAUGAUCUGGUUGUAGUGGCUGUGGACUCUGAUCCAAUUAAGCCUCAAUCUUCCUCAGUGGUUGUACAUAUCGAUGUAGAUGAUGUGAAUGACAAUGCCCCUGUUUUUGAAGCAUCUACCUUUACAGUUAAGAUUGAUGAGAACAGUCCAAUAGGCUCAACUGUGGCUGUUAUCAAAGCUGAUGAUCCAGACGAAGGGGUCAAUGCCCUGGUAGUGUAUUCCAUAGCCAGUGGUGCAGACUCUGAUUCCUUUGAACUGGCCGGACGUCCUGGUGACCCUGCCAUCAUUGUCACUCGCAUCAAUUUGGAUUAUGAAAGCAACAAGCAGUCGUAUGAGAUUGUCCUCAGAGCUGCCUCUGGAACUCUCAUCUCCACCGCAAAGAUCAUUAUUCAGGUUCAGGAUGUCAAUGACAAUCCUCCAGUUCUGGAAGAUUUCUCUAUCAUCUACAACAAUUUCGGUGGGUCAUUUCCUAUUGGGCCCAUAGGCAAAAUUCCAGCAUUUGACCCGGAUGUUUCUGACAGGGAUAAAUUAAUCUACAAAAUUCUCUCUGGCAACAAAGCUGACCUGCUUUACCUGAAUGAGUCCUCAGGUGAAGUGACCUUGGAUCCUAGACUUAAUUCAGAUGUUCCUCGUACAGGUGUUUUUCAAAUGAGCGUGUCUGACGGAGUGUCAGAGGUGAAGGCGACAUGCCGUCUGUGGGUGCGUUUGGUCACCUUGGACAUGCUGCACAGCGCAGUGACCAUACGGCUCAACAAAAUGACCCAAACUGCGUUUUUGUCGCCCCUGCUCAAAUUUUUCGUGGACGGCCUGGCCAGCAUCCUGGGCACGGACGAAAGCAACAUCUUCGUGAUCAACAUCGAAGACGACACGGACGUCUCCGCCCAGAUCCUGAACGUCAGCGUGUCCGUCAGGAAGGGCAUCGACACUGCCCAGGGUCAGACGGUGGACGUGUUCCACACCCCGGAGUACAUCCGCGAGGUCAUCUACUUGCAUCGCUCGCUGCUGGCCAACUUGUCUACAUCUCAGGUCCUUCCCUUUGAUGACAACUUGUGUUUGGUCGAGCCCUGCACCAAUUUCGAGAUCUGUCGAUCACUUGUUAACAGUGGCGAGGCCAGACAAUUCAUCUCCUCCAGGACUGUCUUGUUCCGACCCGUCCAUCCAACUCAGAUCUUUUCUUGUGUUUGUCCGAGUGGCUUUGCCGGUAUGAACCAGACUAAGAUGUGUGAUACAGAGAUUGACCUGUGCUACAGUUUGCCCUGCCAACAUAACGGUGUGUGUCUCAGGCAUGAGAACGGCUACACAUGUCAGUGCAAGACAGGUUUCACAGGUGCAAACUGUGAGUACAAUAUGACUAGCAUCUAUGACAGUUUGACCUGCCCCUCUGACCAGUGCAAGGGCACAUCACACUGUGUCCCUCUGUCCAGUGGAGGAUUUACCUGUGCAGAUUGCCCACAAGAUGGAUAUCAUGACAUGCAGUGCCAACUGAGGACCAAAAGUUUCAAGAAAGGAUCUUAUCUCACAUUCGCAUCUCUCAAGUCAAGGAAUAGGUUUACUAUACAAAUGCGGUUUGCCACCCAAGAGAAAGACGGGCUCCUGAUUUACAAUGGCAGGUUUAAUGGGGAGCAUGACUUCAUCGCUCUGGAGAUUGUCAACUCACAAAUCAAGUUUUCAUUUUGCCUGGGCUCUAACGAAACAACCUCUGUGACUACUAACAUCAAGGGGGGCGUCUCCAAUGGGGAGUGGACAACGGUCAAAGUGGAGUAUGUUACAAGAGUGGCCACUAUAUCAGUGGGGGAGGACUGUGACCCAGAGAUAGCUAUCAACUUCCAAGACAAAUUGGGUCCGUAUUCCUGCGCUGUCAGAGUCAAGCAGACAUUGGCUGAUGUGUGUAACAAUCCCAUCAAAGAAUGCAAUCGUUUGCUGGACCUAACUGGACCUCUUCAGGUUGGUGGUAUGCCUGUCAUGCCCAGCAGUGGUCAAGUGGACAACCAGGACUUUAUCGGCUGUAUCUCAGAUCUGUACAUUGACCACAAGCUUGUGGACCUCGACUCGCCCAUAGCAGACCAUUCGACCAGCUUAGGAUGUCCCCCCAAAGAACUCAUGUGCCAGUCUGCUCCUUGUAAGAAUGGAGGUACAUGUCGUGAGGGCUGGAACACUUUUCUCUGUGAUUGUGUGGAACGAACUGGUGGUAAAGAUUGUAGUCAGACUAUUGAAAUGUCCCGCACUCUGAAAGGUAAUGCCUACCUGACCUACAGCAAUCCAAGUAUCAUUAGGUACCCUUGGUUCAAUGGUGUGGCCUUCAGGACCAGGAGCACCAGUGGUGUCAUCAUGCAAAUUAUGUUGAACUCUGGAGAUGUAACCAUACAGAUUGUUGAUGGAAUCCUACGCUACAGCUACUUAAACGCCAUCUUCACCCUAAACAACGUUCGUGUGGACGAUGGACUUUGGCAUUACUUUGAGGUCCGUUGGCUGGACAAAGGUUCCAUAGAUAUGUUCUUGGACUAUGGUCAAUAUGAAUGGAAAUAUAACACGUCCACGUCAGUGAUGGGUAAAGAGAUACAGCUAGUAUAUGUGGGAGCCUCUCGAGACGGCAACAAACCAAUGGAGAAAUUUUUCACAGGUUGUGUCAAGGACAUGAGAGUUGGCAACACUGCCCAAUCCUUCUUACAAAAUCCUAAUCCUAGUGACCCCAAUACACCAGUUGGAUGUCAUGGUGACCCAGUUUGUCCGAUGGGGGAGUGUGGUGUUGGUCAAUGCUUAGAUGAGUGGAAUAACCACAGUUGUCAAUGUCCUCCAGGCACCACAGGACCCAUGUGUUUAGAGAUAUGCUCCAACUACAACCCUUGUAAGAACUGGGCAGAGUGCAAACAGCCCGAGGCAGGAAAAAACACGUACAGCUGUGAAUGUGGUGUUAGGCAGAGCGGCAAGUACUGUGAGAACCAGGCCCCGGCAACUUGCCCCGCUGGGUGGUGGGGUAAAACAGAGUGUGGCCCCUGCAACUGUCAGUCAGACAAAGGUUUUGAAGAGAGCUGUAACAAGGAGAAUGGAACAUGCAACUGUAAAUCCCUGCAUUAUCUCCCUGUGAACAGUGAUACUUGUUUCCCUUGCGACUGCUACAAGCUUGGCUCCAAGGACGUCACAUGCAACCCUGUGACUGGCCAGUGUGGUUGCUACGAUGGUGUCAUAGGUCGUCGGUGUGACAUGUGUGACAGCAUCUUUGCAGCAGUGAGCAAAACAAAGCAAAAAGUGAAUGACACAGCAUAUCAAGAAGUUGUCACGUGUGUUGUGUUCUAUGAGGAAUGUCCCAGGAACCAUGCUGGAGGGAUCUGGUGGGAUCAAGUUCUGUUUGGUCAAGAAGCCCAACAAGAUUGUCCUGAUGGUGCCACUGGGACAGCAAGAAGGAAAUGUACAGAGAAACAAAGUUGGUCUGAGCCAGAUCUAUUCAACUGCACAAGCAAUACUUACCUUCAGUUUGAUGGCCAGGUGAAAGCGUUUGAGUCUGGCAACAUGAGCCCAUACAUUGCUGACUUCACUUUGAGUAAACUAAAGAAUAUCUCCUACACCACCACACCAAUCUAUGGUGGAGACAUCCUGAUGGUCUAUAGAUUUACUAACGUCUCACUCAACUAUGAGAUCUCUCAGACUGGACUCAGUAUGAUCAGUCAGCAGUACAGGGACUUUGUGCAGAAACUGUUGGUAGCUUUGAGCAAUGUGACCAAUGAGAAGUACAGCGGUUACUGGCAGCAGGUCGGGAAGAUGACAGGUGGCGCCACACAUCUGAUGAACUUGUUUGAGAAGUUUGUCGCCAAGACCGUACAGCUCCUGCCUCAGGCUCAGUCUGGUACUUAUGAGGCUGUGUCUGAUGAUAUGGUUUUAGGUGUAGACUGGCUAAACCUGUACAACUUUUCUGGAGCCACUGUCCCUAAAUAUGACAACAAUGUCAAGAGAGGUUCUAUUGACAAGGUCGCUUCUGUCACGUUCCCUGCAUAUUUGUUUUCUCAGCCAGUCUCAGGACCAGGCUCUGGUUUUGAUGUCUCUAAAGCUUACUUUGGCUACGUUGUGUACAGAGACUUUGGUAAACAUGUCAGCAUGAACACAGAUGACACAAUACGACGCACAGGACGUCCAAUGACUGUCAACAGCGCCAUUAUGUCGGUGGUAGUUUCUGAGAAAGAGAACAUAACUCAGGGCUAUAUCAAGGAUCCAGUUAUUUUGACCUUGAGACUGAUGUUACCGAACAACAGAACCAACCUGUAUUGUGCGAGAUGGGUGCCCAGUGCAUCAGAUGACAAGUCUGGCAUUUGGACGGCUGCUGGCUGUAAGACAAGAAACACCAGCUGCCGAGUGACUGUCAGCUCUGACCACUGUGAAGAGUUCUACAUCACCUGUGAAUGUAAUCACCUGUCAACCUACGCUGUCAUCAUUGACGUGGCUGAUGGCACUGCCUUGUUACCAGCUAUAAUAGACAUGGAGGCUAUAACCUAUGUACUGACAACUCUGUCUCUGCUGCUACUGCUGUUGUCAUUCUUUGUCCUGUUCACCUUCAAGAGACUCCAGUGCAACUGGAACAGCAUCCGCAUCAACAUCAUCUUCACCAUCUUUAUCGUGGACCUGGCCUACGUCAUUGGAAUCAAUAAAACAAGCCCAGAGCUUUUCUGUCGCUUGAUCGCCAUUGCCUUGCAUUACUUCUACAUGGCAUGUUUUGCCUGGCUGUUUGUUGAGAUGCUUCACAUUUACAGAAUGCUGACAGAGAAACAAACCAUCAACUAUGGUUCAAUGAAGUUCUACUAUCUACUGGGUUAUGUAAUACCUGGCAUAGUUGUAGGCCUGGCUGUCGGACUUUAUACAAAUGCUUAUGGCAAUGCCAGUUUUUGCUGGUUAGUGACAUCAGAAGCCUUUAUUUGGAGUUUUGCUGGACCUAUAGCUUUCAUUAUAGUGGUGAAUGUCUUCACAUUUUUGUUAGCCGCUAAAGCAAGCUGUGCAGAAAAAAUUCCAGUUUCCGAUGUAGGCAUAGUCAGGAUGGGUCUGUUGUACUCCAUAUUUCUCUUACUCCUCUUGUGUAUCACUUGGAUCCUGGGUCUACUGUCCGUCAACUUUGGCCAGCUAGUGCUGCAUUACUUCCAUGCCAUCUUGAUUUUUUUUGAAGGGCUCUACAUAUUUGUGUUCUACAUUCUCAUCAACAAGAAGGUUCGUCUCUGUGUUAAGAGAUUUUAUUACAGACUGAAAGGUAAAAAAGUGGAGUUUGAUGAAAACUUCUCUGGGAGAAGCUCCCUGCAUCAUUCUAGAUCAGCUCUUGCUUAUCGCCAUGACUCAUCCCAUGAUGUGGGUCUGCGCAAUAACAUUGGCAUAUCCACUACGUCCACCACCUCGCAAUCCACCAAGAGCAGUCGGGGAGUUAAAGCAGACAAAUACCUCCAGAGUACCAGUAGCUCUACAAGUGAUGGUCCUGGCAUUACAAACAUACCUUAUGGUUUUGAGUCCCCCUUCAAGGAGAAACUUCAAGAAGAUUUGGAAGGUAAAGAUGGUAACGAUUCUGACUCUGACAGUGAUGCCAGUAUGGACAGAAACAGUCUAGAGUUAGCAUCCAGUCAUUCAUCAGAUGAGGAGGAUGACUUUGACAUUGGGCCUGGUUGGGAGAACCAGGUACCUAAAACUAAAGCAGUUGAGAGAGCUUUAGAACAGUUAGAAAAACUCAAAAAAGAGAAAGAGAGAGAGCGUCUGGGACAAAUCAAUGACGAAGACCCACCAAUGGAAUUGAUAGAACACGGUGGGAGCUUAAGGAUCCCAACUUCUCAUGUACCUCGGACGUCAAACCCACCAGAUGUCACUCUUUCAGCUCUACAACUAACCACCAGGCCAGUUCUCCCUCCUUUAAGAACUGACAGUCUACCAUACAUGUCUGACAGUAGUAGACAAGGUGGUAACACAGUUCAAGUGUUGACACACAACGGCAGCAUUUCUUCGGACACAGAAUCCAGUGAAACAACUGCUUGAUAGCAAGGUGCUAGAGUUCAACACUUCAUUCAUGCAAGACUGUAGACUAUGCUGCUGAAUUCCCGCACUGACCUGCACAAUUGUAUAUAUUUUGCCUUGUCCAUUUUUGAGUUUGCAAUUUUUAACAAUGUGAUUUUUAGAUUUAUAUAACUGAACUCUCAAGAUAUUAAAAAAAUUAUUCAGACUUGGUACUUUGUUGAGGAUAAUAGAUAGACCAUCUUCUCCAAUCAUGAACUAUCUUUAGUCCUUGCUUCAUCUCAUCUAGUUUGAAUCAGUCUCACUCCUUGUUGGCCACUAGACUAGCAUCAAGGUUAGAACUGUGUCAUGUUCAUUAAGCAUUGUAAAUAGCCAUUGAGUCGUUGAGUCUAUAAGUAACAUGGUAAGUAAACUGACUUUAGAAUUUAGAAAAGCUUUGAACUCAACAAAAGCAUUCCCUGUGAUGAUGUGUUGAUAUUGUGUUCUCUCCACAUGUAGCACAGUGUGUGUAGUACAAAUGUAGAGUAGCAUCAUGUUCAAGGUUGUAGUACUGUAAGACAGAUCUAACCACUGUCUCUAACAUCCUGUAACCUCAAUACCAAUAAGAACUGAGUAGAGACCCUUGUCUCUUUUUGUAACCAAUGUUGAAGUGAAAGUGUAGAGUGAACAAGCUAGGCCUUCUGUCUACAAGAACGGCUAUCAUGAACAAAUCUUCUUUUUUGAAGUGUUGUUUGUAACUUAUAAGAUAAAUAGUUAUGAAUAAUGUGCUAAGCUUUUUUUUUUCUUAGUUGGCAGUUGCUUUUGAGUUGUCUUUGAAGAUGACAUUAAAAAUAUGAACUCAGCAAUAGAGAAUCUUGAAUUAUUGAUGACUAAAUGCUUCCACCAACUAUGACUAAUUUGUUUUAAAUUGUAAUCAGUAUUUAUGCUGCUUACUAUCAGUGUACUUAACAGUCACAAAAACUUAUGGAGACGAAAUUGUUGAAGUCACAUUGAAACUACUGAGUUACCUACCCUAACCUUCCAGAAUCCAGAAUCAUUGCGAUUUCUCUUGGAUUAAAACAAGAGAGAAAGAAAUGAACUACCCAGCAAUACAAUUUAAUUUAUCAAAUAAGUUUUGUUUUCCUUCACCAUUUCAUGUUUUGUUUUCCUUUGGAAACUUCAUAACAACUAUAGUCUCAUGUGACAGCUCUGAUUAUGCUCAUGUAUAUUUGAAAGCAAUGUGAAUGUAAGUCCAAGGAGGAUAUUGAAAGACUCAGAAAUGUUUCAUGUUGAUGCUACAAUUGUGGUUGCUAUAAACUAAAUUCAAUAAAGAAAUAAAUUGUUUUUUGUUAACGAUGUCCAGAUAAUGGUGUUAUCUGUUUUUAAUGGUUGUGUUUGAAAACAAAUAGUUCCUGUGAAAUCUGUAUGGAAUGUAGUAGAUCAUUGCUGGCCCAGCACCCCCCCCCCCCAGAUGCUUUUAGAUUUUGUAACCCUAUUUUGAAUGUUUUGAUAUACUCUUGUGAUCAUUUUGUCACUUUAUAUUUAUAUCAUUCCCAAGGAGCCUGGCUGUAGUAGCCAUCUUGUAUUGGUUUGGUUUAAAUAUCUAUAUAUACAAAUCAAUCCAUUUUUUGUGUGUGCAUUGUUGUAAAUAUUGUUAAUUAAGAUGAGACUUAAAGCAUACUAAAAUGAUUGUAUAUGCUCAUUGAAUGAAACUAUUUGAUAAUGAUUGUGCCAAUGGAAGAGCAGGAGUUUUAGUUCCUGUUUUUCUUGUACAUUGCCCUCAGUUAUGCAAUUCAGUUUGUAGAGUUCUUUGUUUUUUAUAUGCUUCUAUUGUAUACAUUGUCCAACAAUAUACAGUGGUAGGAAAUAUUCCAUUGUUUUGUAUUUUAGUAAAUAUUUUUAUUUCUCUUUUCCAGGUAAAUUGACCAAAUGUUAUGUUGUUGGUUUUUUUUUAAAUAUCAAUAUAUUUGCAACAUAUCCAUUGAUUUCUUUCAAUCCAAUUGAUUGUCUCUGUUAUGAAUGAUAAUUUUAUAAUCUAUGAUUUACAAAGAUAUUCAUUUCUUUACAGCUCUUCAGUUUUUGAACUCUAUAUAAUUAUUAUUAUAUUUUAUUCCAUCAAAUAAAUAUCUACAGAAAUUCCUUACAAUACUGUGCAAAUGUGGAAAUCUUUACAAUGACAUUCAAAGUUUGCCUAUUUGUGUAUAUACACUAUUUAUAAACCUUGAGCUUCAUGUUGAAUGUGAACUGACCAAAUGUUGAAUGUAUUUAUACAAUAAAAUGUUCUGUUUUUAUAUUAUUUUGUA